AUGCGCAAACGCUGGGCCCGCCCCCUCCCCUCCAGUCUGUUAGCCGCGAAGCGCCUGGCAGGAAUGGCGGCUCUUUUGGAAUCACUACUUUCGCGUAAAGUGGACGUUAAAAAUGUCGUGGAAUGGUUAAAGGACGCCAAGUUGGGCGACACACUGUCAUCCAGGGAUCCCGAUGUGGGAGUUCAAAAACAUGAAUUUGUCCCCUUCCUCUUAAAUUUCCUGAGAGAGCAGAGCAGUCAAGCGCUCACCCAUGGCCCGACCACACCAGCAAAGACUCCCAGCCGGCCCAGACCUGCUGCAAAGACUCAAAGCUUUGACAAGCGGGCUUGCAGGUCUGGUGGAGGAGGUGGUUCUCGAAAUGCCAGCAGGGUCCAACUCUUUUCUCCAGCCACGUCUGUGUCACCCGGAAGUGAGUGGGAAGCUGUUGACCAGUCAGGCUCCCACUGUCUGAGCGGGGUGAGCGCCCUCAGCAGCCCGUCUUUCCCUACAACGUGGAGCCCCGCUUCCAGGCCGUCGGGCUCCGAGCGCAGGCACGGACACAGGAUCAGUCUGGGGGACUACAUGAUUUCUCCCCCUGACACACAACAAAGCCCGAGCCUCCAGUCGAAUAAGGGCCGCAAGAAGAGCGGCGCCAGCGCAGCAGUUGGGGGACAGGGGAGACAUGGAGGGGAGCGAGGGGCACACCAUAGUGAUGAGGUUGGGCGUGUGGAGACUGGAGGGAGAAGAUCGGCAAAAGGUGGAAGCUAUGGCAAGAUAGGCGAGGUGGUUUCACCUCCGAAUGCAAGCCAGCUCAAUUUCAGCAACUUGGAGGAUUUCCCUCCCAUCGGUUCCUUAACCAUUUCGCCAGCCACAUCCAAGCCAUCAAGGAGAAUAAACCCAACCCCGGUCAGUGCGGAACGGCAGCACUCUAAACCAAAGACCUGCUUUACAUCCACCCCGUUCACGAAGCCCUCAAGCUCCACGCCGGGAGCGGACGCGGUUGAGGGGUCUGUGAUAGUGGGCAGUCCUCUGAGCCUGCAGGAGGAGAGGGAAUUGCUCAAAAGGGAGAAGACAAAGCGCGCCCAACAGGCCGCCUCCCCUCUGCCGUUCUCCGGCGAACCUUGCACCCCUACAAAGACGGGGGUCAGGACAGGACCUAAAGUCACACCAGACCUCCAGACGGCCUGUCCUGAACUAUCCAAAGUCACCUUCUCCUCAGAACUGGAUCUUCUGGCUGAGUUGUACAGUACCUGCAUAUCUGAAAACCUGGUGCCAAACAUUUUCCUGGAACUCUUCUUUGUGAUGCAGCUGCUUACUUCCAGAUCUCCUUUUCCUCAUGAUGGCAAAGAGCAGCAAAGUUUGUGUUCAGUGAAUUCAGAUGUUCUGGAAAGAUGUUACCUGGGACACGUGCACAACUGUGUCUAUUUUGCGUUGAAGAUUCUGGAGAAUCAGUUUCAGCUUUUGGCUCAUUUGGAUAAGUGCACCUUGCGUAUGCUGGCAGAGAAUGAACGGGUGGCCUCUUUCUCUCCAGAUCUCAGGGACCGGCUCACACAGGCACAGGACAAAAGCACAGCUAAGCUCUCUCCUUCAGUGUCCACUUUCAUCCACUCGGUUCCUUUCCAGCCGGCCACUGACAACCGCUCUAAUUUUGGUAGCGACAAGGCCUUCCACACCUUUAAAAAACAGAGAGAUGUCUUUUAUGAAGUCCUGCGGGAUUGGGAGGACCUUCACAAUGAACCUCAGUGGAGUUUUGAGGCCACAUUUGGAGGUAGAAUCAGGCAGCCUCCCGGCUUAAUUGGAUAUCUCUUUUCUGUCUUCUCGUCUAGGGGAAUGAUGAACCAGCUCACCUCAGCUGGAAACCAUUCCCAUUUUGCCCGUCUGUUCUUGAAGCAGCUCGUUCAGAUGUGCAAAGGCCCCCGUGCUAACGGCUCUCCUGGAGACACCCCUGACGCUGACCUGCUGGGCAUGCUGGGAGCCGACGGCCUGGGCCGCCUCAAGCGCCUGGAGGAACGCCUCAUACAGCCUCACGCAGUCGUGGGCCCGUGCCCCCCUCCGUCUUUUCCCGGCCACCAGGAGUUCUUCAGGGAUUUCAUACAGACCGCAAGCUGCUGUCAGCUAAACCAGCACCUCCAGGACAGCCUGUGCCAGCAGCUCCUGCAGCUGGACGAGGUGUCCAUACUGAGCCCCCCCGCUUCUGUCGGGGAGGGGGAGGAGGAGGAAGACGGAGACAUGGAGCAGCAGGACGAGAAGCAGAGGUUCUCCUCAGUGCUGCUCCAAGCUCGUCUUUUGGCAAAGUUCCUGGGAUUAAUUUCGUUUCUGCCAUACCAAACGUCCGAGAGACCCUCCAGGGAGAUACAGGACACGUCUGUUACCCUGCGCAGCAAGAGCAUCCCUGUGCUGGAUGUGUGCGCCGUGUUGAGGAGCAGCGUGAGGCGGCGGCGCACCAUCCUGACCGUUCCCUGGCUGGUGGAGUUCCUGUCCAUGCUGGACUUCGUCGGCCCCCUGCUGCUCUGCUACAGGAGUGCGCUGGGCACGCUGCGUCUGCUCUAUAGGAAGAUGUUACUGAGGGGAGGUGAAGAAAUUUGUUACCUGAACAAGCUCCUGCUGGUGUCUGUGUUGGGCUGGCUCUUCCAGAUCCCCGUGAUCCCGGAGGAUGUUUUCUUCACCGGCGAGUCCACGGCCAUGGCUGUGAUGGAGGAGAGCGGCUCAACUGCUGCAGGACUUGACAGCAUUCCCCUGGUGGAUCAGCAGCUUCUUUACACAUGCUGUCCAUUUCUGGGGGAGUUCCGGAAGCUCCUCGCUGCCUUUGUGUCUGGCAGCUCCGCCAAGAGCGGAGGAAUCAUCCGCAAGAUUACCCCCACUUCCGCCGAGCCCAAAGGCACGCCGACUCCUAACAGGUCGCAGCAGAAGCUACAGGUGAGGCAGCAGCAGCACGCUGUGAACAGCCGGCUUUGCCGCCCCGCCGCGUUUACCUGCGUGUUUUGGGGUCUGAACCCACUGCUUGGACCCCGACAGGUGGAUCUGGAGCAGGCCUUCUUCCACAACCAGCCUCCGUCACUGCGCCGCACCGUUGAGUUUGUGGCCGAGAGAGUCGGGUCCAACGCCGUCAAGCACAUGAAGUCGGUACCACAGAACCCAGGGGUUUGGCUGGGAGCUACCUUAGUGAGCGAACUGGUGGACAGAGGAGAGAAGAUGCUGAGAGAUGGACUGGCGUCGCCAAACUCCAAUCCAUCAAAACUGACCGAGUCCAUCUGUGCUCAACUUUGUGAUUCCGGUUUGGAGGCCUUGGCCAGAGCCACCAGGUUUUGCAAUGAGAAGAGCCCCGAAGCCAUACGAAUUCUGCUCCCCGAUGAGACCUCGUCAGCGGUCCUGACGACAUCAGAAAACAUCACCAAACGUCUGGCUGCAGAAAAGGCCUGCAGCUGGCUCUCUGCCAACAUUACAGCCCUUGUGAGGCGUGAGUGGAAGAGCAGGUAUGAUCGCGUGAUGAAGGCUCUGGGCAGCCCCGUGGCUCCAGAAUCUGCCGGCGUGGGCGUGGCUGCUGUCGAGGCGACCGCUCAGGAACAGACGACGUCCCCCAAGAAGAAACAAGCUGGGGAGAGAGUGCUGUCGUGCCCUCCUCAAUGUGACCACAGUGCCUCGCUGCCCUCAGACGUCCUCAUCGAAGUUAAGGAGCUGCUGAGCGUUGCUGUAGGCCCCAGGACUGAGGAGGAGCUGCCGACUUUCUCUCAGCUCAAAGCACUGCUGCACAGAGCAGGAGGCACACUGGCCUGCAGAAAGUUCUUGACAGCAUUGUCUGAGCAGACGCUUCUGAACUCCACUGUGCUCCUGGCCUGCAAACUGGUGUCCGGAGAGCUGCCUCUGUCAGGGUACGGCGGGGAGGUUUUGGAGCCGGAUUCGGGGUCCGGGGCUCCUGUCUCGGAGCUGCUGGAGCAGCUUGUGGAUCUCUGGGAGACAGACUGCCUUUCCUCCGCCCCCGUCCAUCAGCUCUUCAGCCCCGUCAUGGUCACGGCCGUUCUGACGGCCAGCGACACAGAGAAGUCGAACUACUUCUUCUUGGUUUUAAAGCUGGUGGACAAAGGAAUAUUGAGCGAGGAAGCUGUCAUAUCUCACUGGAAGAAGCUAACAGACUUGGCUUUGCCAGUGGAGCUUAUAGAGGAUUUUAUGCUUCAGUCGAAGACUUUGAAACUCCCCCCGCCUGUGGCUGAGAUGCAGCAGCGCAUGGACGUGCUGCAGGUCGCACAGCAGACAGUAGAGGGAGCGACUUGACAACAAAACCACUCAGCCUUCCCCCACCAGCUUGUGUGUGUGACCACCUCUUUCUGUCAUGUAAAAUCUCUCUGUGUUUUUAUCCAGCAGGAUCCGACUCUGAGUGGCAUCUUGUGUUUCGGCUUUUUCGGCAUUACUUCUCAAAACUGUUUUGCAGUUUUUCCUUAUGAAGUAACAGCACACAGAUGUGAGCCCAGAAUGUAAGCUGGCUGGAAGAAAAAUAGUAUAGUUAUUUUAGAUAAGCACUUUCACAAAUGGCCUUUGACCAUAAAACUAGUGAUGGCAUGAUAAUUUCAUGGAUGCGCUGGUGCAUUUGUGAUGGUUUUUGUUCAUGUUGAACUGUGCUGCUUUUAAACUCAAAUAUUAUGCUGCCAUGAAAUUAAUAUGACUAAUAAUAAAGACUUUUUAA